CUCUUCUAAUUUUUCAUGGCGCCCCCGGGUGGACUGUAAAGUGAAUUAUAGGCAACAACAAUAAGUGACAGUGACACAAGAAAUUGCAGUAUACAUAUGCAAACAUAUUCGUUGCCCGCGUCGUGUGUGUGUGCAAUCGGCAAUCAAUUUGUAAAAUAUCAUCGCGUCGGUCGCGCCAACAAUAAUUUUUGUGCAAAUUCUGCUACCGCCGAGGGAUGCCCUGCGAUAAAGACAGGAAAGUAGCAGUUGGAUUCAAAGAUCCAAAAGAGGAAUCAGAGGUUCGUCGGGCGCCGAGGAUAUCCCCAAGUCGUUCAUUGCGACAACGGGACGAACUUCGUCGGAGCGAGCCGCCAUCUCAGCGCUCUGCGGAUCAGGCUCAAGGAGCAAGGAGACGCAAUUCGCGACUUCGCGUCAAAGAACGGAUGCGAAUUUGCGUUCAUACCGCCGCGAGCUCCUCACAUGGGAGGGCUAUGGGAGGCAGGUGUAAAAACUGCCAAGAGCCUACUCCUACGGGCGGUAGGCAGCGCGCUCCUAACCGCCGAAGAGCUCGCCACAGUCCUCGUCGGCAUCGAGGCCAUAAUGAACUCGAGGCCGCUGGGAGCCAUCAGCCAAGAUCCAAGCGACGGCGAGGCCCUAACACCCGGGCACCUGCUGACAGGCGGGUUUGCAUUGCACCUUGGUAAAAAUAGGGUUAAAUU